UGUGUUGUUAUCCGGGUUGCCUCUACAUUUAUGUUCUUAUUGCCAAUUGUGCUUUUGCAAAUGCAUCCUGUGAAGGUUUAGGCUUUACUAUCUUUCUCAAUUUCAACGUUGCUAGCUACUAAAGCCAAUACUAUGGCCCGUGAAUUUGUUUUGGGUAUUCCCCCUCCGACCUCUUAUUAAUCAAACCGAUUAGUUUGUGGGUGGUUUCAUUGGAUGUGAUUUUUUAUAUUUUACUCCUGUUUAUAACAUCUUAUAUGGUUGAAUUUCCCAAGAUUUUUCUUGCAUUUGGUGAUUUCUGACUGAAUAUAAAUGCAUAUUGUUGUUUUGAUAGGUUAUCCUAACCCACAAUAGGUAAGCUGUAUAUAACUAGACUCUGCAAUAUUUGUGAAUACUGGGAAAAUAAAUUUACCUUAACUAGUAAUACAAAAGCAAAGUAAUCAGUUAACAAGAGAUUAGACUCUAGAUAUUAGGUAAUUUCAUUAGACUUAGAUGCUACUGCUAGUUAAGGUACAUUUAUUUUCCCAGUAUGACGUUCUGCAAUGAGAUGUAAUUACCUCAGUAUGACGUUAUGCAAUGAGUUGUAAUUACCUCAAGAAAAGCCCAAAUUUCCUCGAAAAGUUCCUUUAAAAUCACAAAAAUAAUUAGAAAACAUCCCAAAACUAGUUGUAUUCUGCUUUCUGUGUGGGAGGAUGGUUUUCCAUAUAUUUUUCCAAGGUUCAGCUUCAAAUAUUAUUAACCUCUUUAAUCCGUACUGAAUUUCUGUUUCAGAGAAAUAAAUUAUCUAUAAAUUUCUCGUAAAUUAACCAGGGUUCUUUAGCAUUGGAUAUAGGAAGACUAGCAGGAGGAUAUGGAAUGGGUGCCUUCUCCUAUGUGGUACCUGUUUACAUUGCGGAAAUAUCACCUGUAAAUCUCCGAGGAGCACUUACAACAUUAAACCAGGUCAUGAUCUGUACUGGCGUCUCAGUGGCGUUUAUAAUAGGGAUAGUUUUAUCAUGGAGGACUUUAGCAUUAACUGGACUUGUUCCAUGUGCUGUUCUGCUUUUGGGUUUAUGCUUCAUUCCAGAAUCUCCAAGAUGGAUGGCGAAAAUAGGAUCUCAAAAGGAGUUUGAAGCUGCAUUUCAGAAACUUCGUGGCAAGGAUGCAGAUAUAACCCAUGAGGCUGCUGAGAUUCAAGAUUACAUAGAAGAACUCGAAAAGAUGCCCAAAGCUAAUAUGUUUGACUUGUUUCAAAAGAGGUAUCUACGUUCUGUAACGGUAACUCUUGAGAUCCCUUGGGUCAAGUGGGAAGAUGGGUGGACAUGGGAAGUGAAGGCACAAUUGAUGGAAGCUGUUGAGUGGCCUCAAAAGCACCAGGAUGCAUUCGAGCGAAUUGGAACCUGCCCACCAACAGGAGUGUUGUUGUUUGGUCCCCCCUGGAUGCAGCAAAACGCUCAUGGCCCGUCCUGUAGCUUCUGAGGCAGGACUGAAUUUUCUGGCUGUCAAGUGUCCAGAGUUAUUCAGCAAGUGGGUUGAUGAAUCUGAGAAGGCUGUUAGAUCUCUUUUUGCCAAAGCAAGAGCUAACGCGCCAUCAGUUAUAUUUUUUGAUGAAAUAGACAAUCUUGUUGUC